AAUCUUUCCGCUCGGCUUCAGUGAGCAAAGGAGGACGUGGAUCAUCAGGAAAGAUGUUCUUUGUGGCAGGGGCCAAAAAUACUGCAGGAUCGGGGGGAGGAAAUGAGAGGAGGUCAAUCUACAGGAAAUUUCGUGAGGUAGAUUUAUUGGAUAAGAAGAAGACGGUGACAGCUCUAAAGCCUGGUGAAGAUCGGGCCAUUCUCCUUGGUCUUGGAAUGAUCCUCUCAUCAGUCAUGAUGUACUUUGUCCUGGGGAUCACCAUAUUACGCUCCUAUGCAGACAGUGUAUGGACAGAGGAGGGUGUGUGUGUUGUUCUCAACUCCACGGUCACAGCAGACAUGAACUGUUCCUACAACUGUGGGUCAGACUGCUGGAGAGUCUCCAAAUACCCCUGUCUGCAGGUCUACGUGAGCGUCAAUAACACGGGCCGUGUCAGCCGUUUAUCUCACAAUGAAGAGACCCAGGACGCCAGCUCUGAAUGCUUCUAUGUGCCCAGGUGCCAGAAGGACACUGCGGCCAUGCACACCAUGAUUAUGAACAUCUCUGAGCGCCUGAAGGUGAACCAGCAGGUCCCCUGCUACUACGACCCGAGCGAGCAGCAGGAGACCGUUCUCCUGACCCGACUGUACGACCACAGCGUCGUCUUCCACUCACUGCUCUGGCCCUCCUGCAUUCUCGCAGGAGGGGCCCUCAUCAUCGUGAUGGUGAAGCUCACACAGUACCUCUCCAGACUGUGUGAAGAGAUAGGGAAGAUCAAGAGGUGA